GCAGGGAGAGACAGGGGAGGGAAAGUGUGCCUCUAAAUUGGGGAGCGCAAGAUGAAGCCAUGCUUUUGCCAUAUCCACGCGUGAUUAUACUUCUACACUGUGCAUCCUUUUUGGGGAUUUCAAAACCCAAUAAGGCCUUUUCAGUAAUAGCUGUCUAAAAGAGAGAGAACCUUCACAAUAGCUUAGUAGCAUAGCCAACAACAUCACUCACCACAGUCUUCUUACUGCACACAGGCUUCACUGCUCUAAACAAAAUCCUUCUCCAUACUGUUGUCUAAAGCUAGAGAAGCAAUGUCUAAUAUGAUAGAGGUCAGAGUUCCAAAUCUUGAUUGUGAGGGAUGUGCUUCAAAAUUAAAGAAAGCUCUCUUCAAACUCAAAGGAGUAGAUGAAGUAGAGGUUGAAAUGGAGGCACAAAAGAUAACAGUGAGAGGCUAUGGCCUAGAGGAGAAGAAGGUGCUGAAAUCAAUCAAACGCACAGGCAAAGCAGCAGAGCCAUGGCCAUUUCCAGGGCAUGCUCAUUUAACUUCAUUUUACAAGUACCCAAGUUACAUUGUUAACCAAUAUUACUAUGAUGCAUACAAAACUGAAGCAACAAAUGGAGUCCACACUUUCUUCCACACGCCUUCUGUCUAUUCAGUUGCUGUGGCAUCUGAUGAGGCCUUUGCUUCACUCUUUAGUGAUGAUAACCCUCAUGCUUGCACUAUAAUGUAAAGCAAUCCUAGGUUGGUUCAUAUCCUCAUUUCUGCUUUUCAUUUUAAAAAGAAGAUGAGGAAGGAAAAACUUGAGUGAAAUAUGCUCCUUAUUGUCAAUCAUGAAAUUUUUUGUGUA